AUGACAGGAGAAAAUGAGCUAAUGUCACAGAUAGCUGCAGGCAGCGCGGCUGCGAUUUUCCAGACCAGUGCGACGUAUCCGUUCGAAUUUCUCAAGACGGGAAUGCAACUGCGUCGAGCGCUGCCAGCGGCACCGGUGUUCAAUAUGAUGCAUCCAAUCAAGCUGUAUUUCGCCGGGUGUUCCGCCCUGAACGUCGGCGCAGUGGUGAAGACGAGCUCCAGGUUCGUCACAUUCGAGAAGGCAUGUCGACUUAUGCGGGAUCCCAGUCUGCCCUCCAAUGCCGCACUGUCUGGGCCACGACUUCUGGCGGCGGGGACCAUAACGGGCUUCAUGGAGAGCAUGUGGAUCAUCCCGUUCGAGAAUAUCAAGGUGACGAUGAUUGAAAAUGCUCUGACGGUUUCUAGCAGGUUGUCUGGUGAGCCGGAAGCGCAAAAGGUGGCCAAUAAAGCAAACACUAGGGCCACCUUUCACAAUCCAAAGCCAAAAUUGUCGCAAGCCGAGUUGACUUUUAUGCAUUAUGAGAAACAUCCGUCAGUUCAUUUUUUUCCGGCACUCAAGGAAAUCUACUCAACGAGAGGUCUGAGAGGGUUUUUUCAGGGUGCGAUGCCUACUAUCUUCCGACAAAUUGGUAAUUCAACAGUCAGGUUCACCACUUAUACCACCCUAAAAAACUUUAUUUCACCUUCGAAACCGUUGAAUGAAUUUUACGCAUUUGGGUUUGGCUUCCUAUCAUCCUGCUCUGUCGUAGCGCUAACGCAACCAAUCGAUGUUGUUAAAACUAGAAUGCAGAGUAAAUAUGCCUGGAAGAGUUAUAAGAAUUCUAUAAAUUGUGCCUACAGAAUUUUUGUAGAGGAGGGAUUUACUCAUCUUUGGAAGGGUUGGGUACCCCGACUAUUCAAAGUUGGGCUAUCAGGAGGUAUCUCGUUUGGAGUUUAUCAAUACGUUGAGAAUUUAAUUACAGUUAUGGAACACAAGGGCUAUUUAUGA